GCAGUUCACAGAGUAGGUACAGAGUAGGAACAGUCAGACACAUACACUCACACAGACAGACGGUGAACAUGGGCCAGUUACUCAGCUGGAUCCGAGCUCCUCGGGACAAUCAAGCCUUACAGGAUGUGGCCGUGGAACAACAGCCUGCUUUUGACUGCUGUCAAUGCUUUAAGAAAGCGCCCAAAGGUUACCAAGAGUUACCGAGUGAGUCGUUCCCACCCGAGUUGUUCCACCCCAGUUCGCAGCCUAGACAGUAUUCACCCACUUCAGUGGCACAGUUGGCUGUGAAUCCAGCACAAUUUGAGAGUGCAUCUGCCGCCUCCACCAUGGCUACAAAGCCAGGGGCGGUGUCCGUGACAAUGGGUGGUGCCACAGCAAGUGGUGCCACAGGGGGAGGAAGUCCUACUACAGCAGGGACAACACAAAGAGGAACGGCCAAAGUGGUGAUGCCAGAGACGGCAUUCGUCUCUCCAGCAGGUGCUACUAUUAUUGACAUACCAACACCUGGGACCAAAGGCAGCCCUAAAGACACUCCAAAGCCAGCACCCAUGCAUCCGGCCAAAGCUACACCUCUUACCACGGGGGGAGGCAAUAUUGUAGUGGAGGCGACAACGCCAUGGAAAGCUGAAGUACCAAAGCUUCAAGAGUCUUCGGAACAGACAGCCAAGAGUGUGCCCACCACAUCAAGCAAAGUUGACAUGGCUAAAAAGGAUCCUGCUAAGUUGGUUACGGCUGUUGCUGCACCAGCUGCCGCGGCUGGAGAUGCCUCUCUGAAGGGGCCACAGACUAAGGUACAGGUGGAAGUAGUUCCCCCAGGAGCUAAGGCAGCCAAAGAGGAGCUAGCUGUGGACCCGUUCGAUGCCCUGGCUGAUUCCUUACCCUCAUCAGAGUCUUUCGCCCCUGCAGCCCAUGUAUACACUGGGCCAGAGGUGAUAGAGCAUGGAUUAACCUCAAAGAAGGGAGUGAUCUGUGGGGGGAACGACUGCCCACUGCCCCCAGGAUACCGAUUUGAAGACAUGGCCCCAGUUGCAGAUGUCAAGCCAAAAGAUGUUCCGAAACCCAUGAGCACCGAUGAGGCUCUGGACUCCCUGUCCUUUGGGUUCACAACCUCUAUGGCUCCCAUCCCUCAGAAACAGGAGAAGAAAGUGGAAGACUUGGCUGCCAUUGAUGCCUUGUCUGCUGGCUUCUCAAACUUUGCUCCACCUCCAGCCGCUCCCAUCAAGAAAGCUGAAGAGUUUAAGUCUGCACCUGUUACCAAGUCUCCUGCUCCCCCCGUUGACAAGAAAGCUAAGGUGGAAAAGUUUGCUGAUGACUUCUCUCUGAUGUCAGGAUUGGACUCCCCACUGGCUACCAAGCCCAAGACAGAUGAGAGUGUGCCCACCACAUCAAGCAAAGUUGACAUGGCUAAAAAGGAUCCUGCUAAGUUGGUUACGGCUGUUGCUGCACCAGCUGCCGCGGCUGGAGAUGCCUCUCUGAAGGGGCCACAGACUAAGAAAGUUGAGGAUUUGGCUGCCAUUGAUGCCUUGUCUGCUGGCUUUUCCAACUUUGCUCCACCUCUUCCCGCUCCCAUCAAGAAAGCUGAAGAGUUUAAGUCUGCACCUUUUACCAAGUCUCCUGCUCCCCCUGUUGACAAGAAAGCUAAGGUGGAAAAGAAACCCAUGAGCACCGAUGAGGCUCUGGACUCCCUGUCCUUUGGGUUCACAACCUCAAUGCCUCCCAUCCCUCAGAAACAGGAGAAGAAAGUGGAAGACUUGGCUGCCAUUGAUGCCUUGUCUGCUGGCUUUUCAAACUUUGCUCCACCUCCACCCGCUCCCAUCAAGGUACAGGUGGAAGUAGUUCCCCCAGGAGCUAAGGCAGCCAAAGAGCCAGCACCCAUGCACCCAGCCAAAGCUACACCUCUUACCACGGGAGGAGGCAAUAUUGUAGGGGAGGUUACAACGUCAUGGAAAGCUGAAGUACCAAAGCUUCAAGAGUCUCCGGAACAGACAGCCAAGAGUGUGCCCACCACAUCAAGCAAAGUUGACAUGGCUAAAAAGGAUCCUGCUAAGUUGGUUACGGCUGUUGCUGCACCAGCUGCCGCGGCUGGAGAUGCCUCUCUGAAGGGGCCACAGACUAAGGUACAGGUGGAAGUAGUUCCCCCAGGAGCUAAGGCAGCCAAAGAGCCAGCACCCAUGCACCCAGCCAAAGCUACACCUCUUACCACGGGAGGAGGCAAUAUUGUAGGGGAGGUUACAACGCCAUUGAAAGCUGAAGUACCAAAACUUCAAGAGUCUCCGGAACAGACAGCCAAGAGUGUGCCCACCACAUCAAGCAAAGUUGACAUGGCUAAAAAGGAUCCUGCUAAGUUGGUUACGGCUGUUGCUGCACCAGCUGCCGCGGCUGGAGAUGCCUCUCUGAAGGGGCCACAGACUAAGGUACAGGUGGAAGUAAUUCCCCCAGGAGCUAAGGCAGCCAAAGAGCCAGCACCCAUGCACCCAGCCAAAGCUACACCUCUUACCACGGGAGGAGGCAAUAUUGUAGGGGAGGUUACAACGCCAUGGAAAGCUGAAGUACCAAAACUUCAAGAGUCUCCGGAACAGACAGCCAAGAGUGUGCCCACCACAUCAAGCAAAGUUGACAUGGCUAAAAAGGAUCCUGCUAAGUUGGUUACGGCUGUUGCUGCACCAGCUGCCGCGGCUGGAGAUGCCUCUCUGAAGGGGCCACAGACUAAGGAGCUUACUGUGGACCCGUUCGAUGCCCUGGCUGAUUCCUUACCCUCAUCAGAGUUUUUCGCCCCUGCAGCCCAUGUAUACACUGGGCCAGAGGUGAUAGAGCAUGGAUUAACCUCAAAGAAGGGAGUGAUCUGUGGGGGGAACGACUGCCCACUGCCCCCAGGAUACCGAUUUGAAGACAUGACCCCAGUUGCAGAUGUCAAGCCAAAAGAUGUCCCAAAACCCAUGAGCACCGAUGAGGCUCUGGACUCCCUGUCCUUUGGGUUCACAACCUCUAUGGCUCCCAUCCCUCAGAAACAGGAGAAGAAAGUGGAAGACUUGGCUGCCAUUGAUGCCUUGUCUGCUGGCUUCUCAAACUUUGCUCCACCUCCACCCGCUCCCAUCAAGAAAGCUGAAGAGUUUAAGUCUGCACCUGUUACCAAGUCUCCUGCUCCCCCCGUUGACAAGAAAGCUAAGGUGGAAAAGAAACCCAUGAGCACAGAUGAGACUCUGGACUCCCUGUCCUUUGGGUUCACAACCUCAAUGCCUCCCAUCCCUCAGAAACAGGAGAAGAAAGUGGAAGACUUGGCUGCCAUUGAUGCCUUGUCUGCUGGCUUUUCAAACUUUGCUCCACCUCCACCCGCUCCCAUCAAGGUACAAAUGGAAGUAGUUCCCCCUGGAGCUAAGGCAGCCAAAGAGCCAGCACCCAUGCACCCAGCCAAAGCUACACCUCUUACCACGCGAGGAGGCAAUAUUGUAGGGGAGGUUACAACGCCAAGGAAAGCUGAAGUACCAAAGCUUCAAGAGUCUUCGGAACAGACAGCCAAGAGUGUGCCCACCACAUCAAGCAAAGUUGACAUGGCUAAAAAGGAUCCUGCUAAGUUGGUUACGGCUGUUGCUGCACCAGCUGCCGCGGCUGGAGAUGCCUCUCUGAAGGGGCCACAGACUAAGGUACAGGUGGAAGUAGUUCCCCCAGGAGCUAAGGUAGCCAAAGAGCCAGCACCCGUGCACCCAGCCAAAGCUACACCUCUUACCACGGGAGGAGGCAAUAUUGUAGGGGAGGUUACAACGCCAUGGAAAGCUGAAGUACCAAAGCUUCAAGAGUCUCCGGAACAGACAGCCAAGAGUGUGCCCACCACAUCAAGCAAAGUUGACAUGGCUAAAAAGGAUCCUGCUAAGUUGGUUACGGCUGUUGCUGCACCAGCUGCCGCGGCUGGAGAUGCCUCUCUGAAGGGGCCACAGACUAAGGAGCUUACUGUGGACCCGUUCGAUGCCCUGGCUGAUUCCUUACCCUCAUCAGAGUCUUUCGCCCCUGCAGCCCAUGUAUACACCGGGCCAGAGGUGAUAGAGCAUGGAUUAACCUCAAAGAAGGGAGUGAUCUGUGGGGGGAACGACUGCCCACUGCCCCCAGGAUACCGAUUUGAAGACAUGACCCCAGUUGCAGAUGUCAAGCCAAAAGAUGUCCCAAAACCCAUGAGCACCGAUGAGGCUCUGGACUCCCUGUCCUUUGGGUUCACAACCUCUAUGGCUCCCAUCCCUCAGAAACAGGAGAAGAAAGUGGAAGACUUGGCUGCCAUUGAUGCCUUGUCUGCUGGCUUCUCAAACUUUGCUCCACCUCCACCCGCUCCCAUCAAGAAAGCUGAAGAGUUUAAGUCUGCACCUUUUACCAAGUCUCCUGCUCCCCCUGUUGACAAGAAAGCUAAGGUGGAAAAGUUUGCUGAUGACUUCUCUCUGAUGUCAGGAUUGGACUCCCCACUGGCCAACAAGGCCAAGACAGAUGAGAGUGUGCCCACCACAUCAAGCAAAGUUGACAUGGCUAAAAAGGAUCCUGCUAAGUUGGUUACGGCUGUUGCUGCACCAGCUGCCGCGGCUGGAGAUGCCUCUCUGAAGGGGCCACAGACUAAGAAAGUUGAGGAUUUGGCUGCCAUUGACGCCUUGUCUGCUGGCUUUUCCAACUUUGCUCCACCUCUUCCCGCUCCCAUCAAGAAAGCUGAAGAGUUUAAGUCUGCACCUGUUACCAAGUCUCCUGCUCCCCCUGUUGACAAGAAAGCUAAGGUGGAAAAGUUUGCUGAUGACUUCUCUCUGAUGUCAGGAUUGGACUCCCCACUGGACACCAAGCAGAAGACAGAUGGGGGUGGCUCCAUGUCCCUGGAUGCUCUCAGUGCUCUGGGAGACUCUCUGCCUGCUCCAGAAGCAGCACCUGAACCUCCCAAGAUCAGACAUGAGGACAUAGUCACGGAGGGCAAACUCACAUCGAAGAAGGGAGUUUUUGUGGGUGAGCGAGAUGACACACUCCCACCAAAAUACAGGUUCACAGAAAACAAAGUCAAAGACCUGCCUCCUCUGAAGCCAGAGCCCUCCAUGGACUCUGGUGAGGCUCUGGAGAUCUUGUCAGGUGACUUCAUGUCUUCCUGUGUGGCUCCAGCUGUCCAUGCUCCUGUCCUCUGCCCCCCAGCUCCUCCCACACAGGCCUCAGAUGACUUUGCCUUGGAUGCCCUGGCAGGGGACUUUGUAGCCCCAGCUGUUGCUCCUGCAGUCAAAUCUGCUGUUGACCACCAGCUAUCUAGAGGGACAGUAGAUGCUCUGGAUACCUUGUCAGACUCCCUGAUGGACAAGGCUCCUAUCCCAGAGCCUGCUCCUGUCUCAGUCAGAGACAUCGUCAAGGAGAAAAAGGUUAUAGAGGAGAAGCUUACCAAAGUGGGGGAGAGGGAUGACAGCCUUCCAGCUGAGUACCGGCACACAGAGAAAGACCGAAAGGCAAGGGCAGAGGCCAAAGUCCAGGCUGAUGUUAGAGCCAAGCAGCCGUUAAUGGAUGACAGCGAGGCCCUUGACCUCUUGUCUAGAGACUUGUCUUCAUCCGCUGGUCCAGCUGCAGCCUCAGUAGCCGUGACAACGGAGCAGAGACAGCCCAAACUGGAGCCCAUGUCUGCCCCUGUCCUGGAUGACCUGGCAGGCACCCUGCUCCCAGACACCCCCGAGUUCAAAUCCAAGGGAGACAAGCCAAAGAGCAAGUCAAGGUCAAAGUCAAAGAAACAAAGGAAGGAGGAUCCAUCAUCCAUAGACCAUCUGUCUGGACAGCUGAGUUCAGACGUAGUGUCAGCAUCCACAAAUAAGGAUGGCAAGACCUAGACAUGUAUGUUUCUAGCGCACUACAUGUCCCCUGCCACACGGUGGCGCCACUCGAGGGAGCUGCUGUGAAUUAUUCUAUUUUUCUAAAUGGGUGGAGAACAUAUACUGGAUAUAAAAAAUAAAAAAUGACCACACACUUACACACAUGCGCAUGUACACACACACACCACAGUGUGCAACGCCUUUCCUGCUUGGUUUCGCACAUGACAGAAGAUUGUACUAGGUUUUGGUUUCUUUCAUUUGAGACGAGGAGAGCAAAAUAAAGAGAGGGAACGAGAGCGAGCGAGGGAGGGACUUUGUCCUGACUUAUUUCCCAGGAUUGAACAGAGAAUCUGUCCAAUCCUGUAAGGAAAAUUAAAUCUGGGCUUUGCCUUUCAAGUGGCCUGACUGACUGUCCAUCCUAGCUAACUGUCUGCAUUGCCCCAACGUUGUAGUGAUGUUGCUGCAACAUUGCUACAGUGUUGGGGGUAAUAGUGAGUGUCAUGUGUUUAGGAACAGUAUAUAGGGGUUAUGUAGGAUUGGGAUGUCUGUCCAAUAUUGAUGUACACAGAAGAGUGAGUUUUCUCUUAAGUGGACACCCACCAUAAUACACUAGUGUACAGCACAGUCUACUCAAUAUUGAAAUGUAUAAAAGGUUUUACAGGAAAUUAUCUGCUUGAUAUGGAUGCAUCUGUGAGCAAUUCUAUAUAUUUACUUUCUGUAAAGCAAUAUCUAUUAAGAAGGGUUUAUAUAUGUGUGAACUUUGUCUUAUAAAAGCAUUUAUUGGUUUCAGAAAGUGGACACAGAAGUUAACUUAGGCAGUCACUAUGUCUGUAAACUGUCUUUGUUUGUAUACUGUGAAGACUUGCUCUAGAUAUGAGGACACUGUCAUUUACACAGUCUAAAGGGCUAUCACUUCUAGUCAAAAAGUCCAAAGCUUUGUGGAUUAUUUCCCCAAGAUGGUAUCACAGAAUUCUACAUAUUUAGGUGCAGGUCUCAAACUUAAAACUUGAGAGAUAUUUUGGAAAUGGGAAUUCUAAUUAAAUAAAUACAAAUAAUAAUUGUGUUGUGUGUAUUCAGCAUUCAUGUGUCUGGAGUAACUCCUUGUGCCACCCUCAACAAUCGAAAACAGAAACACAAUACUUUUUGUAGCUAACAUGGGGUAACCUAAAAAUGUACGUUGCCAAUAAAUAAAUGAAUGCCUAUAACAAGACAUGACAGUAUUAUAAUACAUUUGUGUAAGAGGGUCUUUCGGUAUAGGGAACUUACUGUAUAUCUGUGUUGCAGUUAAAGGGAAGAAAGUUAUACUAUUUUAGAAAUAUUUUGACAUGUAAUAUUAGGACCAUCUUUCGCUUGUACAAAGCAGCGCAGGUGUUUUUUAUGUUUUAUUUUACAAAGCUCCUUCCACCUCUGAGUUUUGGAACGUGUGUUCAACCUCGCCUCAAGUCUUCUUUUUUUGUCUUUUGUUUGUGCAACGGCCUUCGGCGCUUGAGGAGUAGAAUUUGAGUGUCGUAAAAUAAAACAUAAUAAAAAUCGAUGUGGUUUCACCA